AUGAGCUCCCCAGAUGAGGUUUCUGGCCUGGGAGCGGGUCUGGACUCAGAGAGAGGGGAGCAGGGCGGCGUCCAGCAGACUGGCCCUGGAGGCCCACGUGGGCGUGGCCUAGGCCUUGGUCAGGGGCCACCGUGCAGCCGUCAGGGCGAGGGUGGGCUCCCAGCCCCCGGGGGCCUUGAGGUCAAGAAGGAAGUGGUGAAAGCAACGGGGGGCUUCCUGUGGGGUCAAGAAGGCCGAUCUGGCUCCGUGAAGUUCAGCAACCCAGAUGCUCUGGUAUACAGGCCCCGCUUUGAAGAACCUGAAGAUUUCGCAGCCCUCCUGCGGCAGGUGGUGCAUGUGGAUGAACACAGCGGGUUCGUGGGGAGGUCGUCGUCCCCAGAAAGCUGCGAUACUCACGAAUCCACCCUCUGGGCAGACCUGGAAAAAGGGCCUAUUGGCAGAAGCACUCCUGUCCCUAGCGAGUCUAGUACACACACCCUCGGUGUGUGCGAAGGAGGUCAGGCCUGGAGAACCCCUAAAAGCGGCCCGAAAAGCAGCUUCAGCACCACUAUGGAUCGCCAGUGGCCCUCGAUGGAAAGCGGGGCAGGGCUGUCUUCUGACUCCGAUUCCUCUGAUGAGUACAGUGAGGUACAAGUGAUAAGGGUGAGCAUUUGCCCCAAAGCCGCUGGCUGCCCUCAGGGUCUCGGAGAUGCACCCAGACCCCCGAAUCCCCAUGUCCCGGAGAACAUCUUGCAGGCUCCCAGCUCUUUCCUGGCCACCACGCCGCGGCGAUUCUUGUCGGCUACAGAAAGGCAGCCUGUUGAAGAGCUGGAGGGCUCUUCAAUCAAGAAAAUGCAGAGCCGCGCGGUCUGGGGCCAGAGAGGGCCCGGGCCCAGCUGCUCAGGCGCUACUCCUGCAGGUGCCUUUCCCCGGGUUUCGUCUACAAGGAAGGGAGGCCAGCAGAAGGCCUGCCCAGGCAAUGCCUCAAGAAUCAUCAUGCUGAGAAAACCCCCACCCUUGCCUUCGUGGGGGCAGAGGUUCUCCAGAGGUCCCCCGGAGCCAGCCACCUUGCCUCCCAUCUUUGGCAUUCCACUGCUUGUGAAGCCCAAGAAAGAC